CAGCCGAGGCCUGCGCAGAUCAUCGGCGUCUUGUAUACAAGGUUGAGACUGAAUGUUGACUCCACGAAUCCGACCCCAACCCCAACUCCAGAACACACAACGCCGCGAGGUGGUUGGCAGAGUGAGGUUUGCGGCAUAUAUGAUGCAAGUCAAGAAACUGUAUGUCCCGGGGGAGGCUUGUUGGAAACGGACAAGGCACCUACCACUUCGGCACGGAUUACAACACAAGUCUUGGUCAUCUUUAGGCCCUUCCUCUUAGUGCUUGUCACAGCAAUGGUGCCACAAGCCCGGCAGAUCAGCAGCCCCGUGGCGGACUGUCCAACCCCUAGUAACCGUCUAGGCGGGGACCUAGAUCGCCAGUGCAGUACGGAGGUGUGA